AUGCCAAGGAGGGCGCUUGUGGCCGAUGUGGAGGUGAUCUCGGCCCAGGCCUCAUCUGGAGCUCUGCCUUAUAUCAAACACAUCACAUUCGACAGUACUGAUGAUAUUGUUACUGUUGAUCUGCGCUACCAACAGCUGACUCUACCAGUAGUGGUGACCAUCAUAUGCGGAGACAUUGAUAGCUACCCUUCUUCAAAGUCCUACUUUCUCUCCUUGGAUCACGCGCCAGAUGGGUAUAACCAGGCUCUGACCAAGGUUCAGAGCGCAAACGAAAUCCGAACGCUUUCCGAAGUCAUCCAACAAGUACAUAAAGCAUUUGUCCGUUUGCAGGAUAAAGCCAGAUCUGGCAAGCUACCUACCGCAGAGGACGUUAUUAUUAUACACGAUAGCGAUAGCGAAAAUGACAGUGGCAGCAUUGGCGUACAAGUGCCUAAAACAACCAGCAGCUCUGCAUACCUCAACCGACGAAGAAGAAAAAAGUCCCCAGCUACAGAUUCUCCGCGAUUAGGUGGUGAGCAAGUCAGUUUGGACUGUGACAGCGAUGAUGAAACCAUCCGGUCAGGCCAACUUACAAUAUCGCCAUCAAAGGCUCUGGGACACAGGUGGGCCAAUUCAAGCGCUGGCCUCCCACACCAGACAUCCUCUGUCAAUAUUACGACGGCCAAAAAAUCUGCUAGUAGUGGACAAAACGGUAUAGAUGACGUCUUGGGCGAAGCUGGCUACGCUUCUGACGAUUCUGGUUUGUACGACUCUUGCGACGUCGGAGACGCGGACGACGCCGAAGAUAACAGCUUCAUAUACUACAGCUCUGUGGGCCAACCGCAUCCCAGAACAGAGCGCAUCAGUGUCGAUCUUACAGCUGUCCGUCAAAAUGGGUAUUAUUUUGGCGUCCUGUCCGGCAUGGACGAAGCAUCGACAGAGAACCUCCUUGCUAUCUCCGUCCGGACUUCGGAUCUAGGGCUCUCGCCACAGAUGCUACUGGCUUGGGAUCUUGACCCUGACAUGUUCAUUGUGAUGCUCAUCCGGCUCACCUCUCGCUAUAUGGGGUACGAGUCCCUCAUUAAUUCGUCUCAGUCGGACGUCGGCCUCUCUUUUCGCAUUGGAAAGUGUGCGGCCUACAAACCGUUUCUGAGUGAUGCCAAUGAAGCCUUUGGGAUUAGCAACAACAGCCAGGAUAAUCUUCUGCCAGACAAGACAGGCGCCACCUUCUCCAAGAUUCUGAUAUCCAAGAGCUUAGCCUCUUUCAUGAAUGGUCACUUUUUAAACCUAGCACGGUACCACGAGGAUACCGCUUGCUCGUGGGCCGAUGCUGUGGAUGCUGUGGUGAACGGCAGGAGCCCAAAUCGAAAUAAGGGAGACGCCUGCCUCCCUGCCUCCGGAAACGACAAUGCCUCGGAUAAUCGACAGAAAAGCUUCCCGUUGCUUGCUAUGCAGUUUGCGAUGGACCAACUCACAAAUUGCACAGCAUACUGCCAGGUAUGCCACAACCUCGUUGAAGACAAGCUGCGUUCGCUGAAGCCGACGGUCUGUUCGCGAGACCUUUGUCUCUUUCAGUACAUGAGUCUUGGCAUGGGACGCUCGGCAGAAUACGAGAUAUUAUGCCAGCCAAACGUUGUCGACUUGCUCAUCAAUUUUUGCUAUGCAGCGCUACGGUCGUCUCUGACUGCUGCGAUCGAUCCUGUCCGCGCGUAUCCUACAUGCUUGCCUCUAAAAAUCGUCGACUGGCACGACCCGCACAGUGGUGUAUACAGCAGACACAUUGGCAACAGGACAUCCUUCAUUCUGUCGAAAUCUGCAGAUAGCAAGUCGUCGAUCCAAAAAUUCAAACCCGGUCAGUGGGUGGCCGUUGUCUUGGGUAGGCUGGCGGCCAAUUUAAGCUACAACAUACUUCUCGGCUCGACUCAUGAAGCGAAUGGGUCAGGCUCGAAGGAAGAGCUUCAACCCUCCCUUCCACAUAGUGAUUUACGACACGCGAUUGUCACAGGCGUGGAUGAGGAAAACUCGACGGUCUACGUUCACCACUUCGACGACGAAUCCACCACCAUACGCAACCGAGGAGCCGAGAUAUAUCGAUACACAAAAGACUUUGACGAUAUUCCCGCGAAAGACAAAGCUGCCCAGCUACUGAUUUUGCUUGACACUCUACCGCCGGUUACGUACUUGAAGUCGGAGUUGGAAAAGCCGUCGGUGAACGACUUGAAGUCCGUCGCUGGCGUAUCGCCCGCAGCAGCCGUAUUGCUCCGGUGGAUCAUUGCAACGAAUCGAUCGUGCGUCCUGCAAAUCCACGAGCCGAAACUCAUGGUCAAGGAAAAGAGAGACGACGGCACGCUCGCUCCACCAGAAAAUCUCUUACAGUUUUGUUUCUUGCAGGGGCUGCCCGAAGCCGACCACGAGUUUCAGCAACAGGUGGCCCAAGCCGACAACCCGAACCAUCCUACGUUGCUAGCAUGGCACGGAAGUCGUAUUAGCAACUGGCACAGUAUCCUUCGAACUGGACUGGACUUCUCUAUCACCAUGAAUGGUCGUGCAUAUGGUAAUGGCGUUUACUUCAGUCCUGAUUUCACAGUCAGUCUCCAAUAUGCGGGAAAAUUGAAAAAAGAGCCUCAGUGGCCCAAUGCAUUUCUCGACCUGUGCUCUGUUGUCAGCCUCAACGAGAUCAUCAAUGCACCCUCAAAAUUCAUAAGCAACACACCACACUAUGUAGUUCAAUACGCCAACUGGAGUCGAUGUCGCUUUCUGUUUGCGAAACCCGAAUCGACAGCGGCUCCGCUCUCGCAGCCAGCCCCAGUUGCGGGCCCAGCACCGCAGGCAGUCUCGACGCUGUCCAGCACGUUCAGCGCCGCGCCAUACCGCCGUCCUCGAUACAAAACGAUGGCCGUACCCUCGGCUGCUCAAACGCCGUUGCCGGCCGACACACCCAGACUACCAGCAGGACAAACAUUAGCGCCUACGCAGCCCCAAAGCUCUAUACAUCGUUGGCAAUCCUCACAGACCUCACCGAAUGCUCAAAAUGAGUUUUUUCAGGACGAUCCCGAGAGAUUGCUGUAUGGUCCCCUGCGUGGCGUUAUCGUUGUACCCAACGCGUCGAUGCCAGCUCCAUCGAAUACUUGGGAAGUUACCAACCGCCAUACGAAGCGACCGAGGACCAAAUCGCCUGAGGAAAUAACCAUGGACGCCAGCGAUUUAGCAUUUCUCGCUAACGACAGGGGAGUGAGAAGGUCGCAGAAUAAGAAGCAAGUGGCCGCUUUCACGGUCAGGACUGAAUCUUCUCCGACCAGCAAGAUACCAAAUGGGGCUGUUGUCAUCGAUUUACUUUCGGACUCGGAGGCGGACGAAUCUGUGCUGAGGCCCAGCUUAAAAUUAGCACCUGUUGUAACUACAACCGUUUCUACCGCGAAGGCCAUGCCACCAAUGCCCCUCCAUGUGACGUCGUUCAAACCCGGCUCGCUGGACUACACAUCGCUUCCGCAACUGCCACUUCCGCCGUGGUGCACUCCGCAAGCGCAACGGGCACUAGGACGUGAAAUGGACAGGAUGCAAAAGGUACAGAGAGACACGCCGUUGAGCGAGCUGGGCUGGUACAUUGAUUUCACUCGAAUGGACAACAUGUGCCAGUGGAUUGUGGAACUGCACAGCUUCGAUCGGACGCUGCCUCUAGCUGCCGACAUGGAACGCCUGGGCGUGCAAUCGAUUGUAUGCGAGCUGCGGUUUGGCGCAGACUACCCCAUGUCGCCGCCUUUGGUGCGAGUCAUCCGGCCGCGAUUCGUCCCGUUCUUACAAGGCGGUGGUGGCAAUGUGACGAGCGGCGGUGCCAUGUGCCUGGAACUGCUCACGAGCACCGGAUGGUUGCCGGCUUACCAGACUGACGCUGUGCUCUUGCAGGUGCGGCUGGCCAUAAGUGCAACGGACCGACCAGCGCGGCUGGAUGCCCGGAACGUUCACAAAGAUUACGGCGUGGCCGAGGCGUUUGACGCGUACAAACGAGCUGCCGUAAUGCAUGGUUGGAAGGUGCCAGAGGAUAUGCAGAAACGAAUGACGUUUUGA